AGUACCUGGACGAUAGCCUUCAAAAUGAAAAGUAUAAGUUUCAAUUUUCUAGUCAUGCUGAAAAUUUAAAUCCAACGCAAAUGUCUGGCAACGCUGUAAUCGAACAUCUGACGAUGUCGCAUAGCGUUGCCAGCUGCCUUAACGAUUGCCGGUAAAAUUCGCCAGGUUGGCAGCCCCAGACGCAACAAAAUUGCGCGUGCUGAGCUAUUUGUUAAAAAACUUGUGUUAUUUCUUGUCAAAAGUUAAAAAUCUAAUAAUUAUUGUAGUUAAGUUAAGUUAGCUGAAAUGCCUGCCGUCGAAAAGUGUGUCAUAUACGACUGGAAGCGCCUGUGGCAGAUGGUCUCCGGCAUACAUUAUGAGACUCCCAGGAGCACAGUACGCGAGGAGCUGCUGAAUGUGUGCUCCGAGCUGCAAGCGGGCGUGCUGCAGUUCAAGCCGAAGAGCGCCUCCAAUGUGCAGCUGGCCGUGCUGCUAAAGGAGAAGAAGCAGGAGAAGCUGCUGCCCUUCACAGAACGCUUGCAGGAGCUGCUCAAUCUGGAGUCGGCUCAGUGCUGGGAGAUCCUAUGCUACUACCUGACCAAGGAAUAUCGCGGCUCGGCCAGCCUGCUGACACAGCUCAUCUCUACCGAAACGAACAUGGCCAAGCUGCUGGAGGACAUCAGGCACUAUUAUUCGCUGGAGCGCAUGAUUGUGCUGAAGAUUCUGAAGAACGUGCUGGUCUUUUACAAUGUGCCCAAUCAUCCCUACCACAACGAGUACAGGCUGGUCGUAGAGAAGCUAACGCUGCCCCGUCUUCUGGACUCGUAUCUGGAUCAGCUGGACAGCCUUAUCAAUGAGCUGCCGCCGCGCAAACUGCUCGCGGGCGAGGGCUUCCAUUGCACUGACAGACUGACCAGCUGGUCGGAGCGCAAUGCGCGCGAGAUCAACGAGGUGCUGCACAUACUUAUCUUGCUCAGCGAGCACAUAAGCCUGAGCCUGGCCCAGAUCAAGCGUCUGUUCGCGACCAUAAAGCAGCACUCCUUUGGACGCAUACAAAACUACCUCAACGAGAGCAACCAGUACCACAAAGAGCUGAUCAAAAAUCUCACCUACUCGGAGCUGAUGUUGCUUAUGAAGUGCCUGGACUUUGAGCGGCCCGACGACAACGCCCAGCUUAUUUUACAGCUCACCGAUGAGCUGCACGCGGACAUAGCUGGCAUGCAUCAUAGGCCGGAGCACGGCCCGCUGCUGCUCGUCUGGAUGCUGUUGCGUCUGCGCGGCACCAAUGAUGCCGACGACGCCUCCAGUCUGCUGCGUUGCCGCCAGCUGGGCAAACGCGCCGUCGAGCUCAAGUGCUUUGAGCUGUUGCAUGCCAUUGCGACGCAUGCGAUGUUCGCGGACGAUAGCCUCCUGUCGCGCAUUGUGCGCAAGACCAUCUACAAUCAGCUGUGCUACAUGUGCGAUCUGUUCGAUGGCGACGGCAGCUGCGCUCGCUACGAGGGCAUCUAUGAGCUGCUCUGCGAGCUGCUCUCCUGGCCGCAGUUGGCCAAGGAUUUCUGCCAGCGCGAAGCUUUGUUACCGCGCACAGUAUUUAGAGAUUUGAAUAAUCACAAGCAAUUCAUUACAGAAGACGGCGUACGCUCGCUGUACAACACAUUGCUAGAAAACUUUCCGCUGCAGUUCAUCGACUUGGCCAAGCUGGCCCAGGCACUCACCAAAGCGGGCCAAGGCAACUUUAUCAAAAGCCAGCUGGAGGCGCUGCCCAUGCUGGCGCUCUUGUACGACGAGCAGGCGCACAAGGUCAAGGAGCUGGACACGAAUGAAUAUGAGCUGACGAGCAUAUUGCAGCCCUUUCCGCGCAUCGAUUACACACUGCCCGCCGGCACUAGCUGCACUGCAGUGCAGCAUGCCAAUGGCUUCUAUAUGCAUUUCCGGUGCCAGGUGAAUUUCUUCAAUGCGCUGCAUCACGAGAUCAACUGCCUGCUGCGGGAUAAGGCACAGCUACAUGGCGAUUUUGACUCCAAUGAGCGCAUCUUGCGCGUGGAAGCGGGUCUCAAGUAUCUGGAGCUGGCCGUGCAACGCACCAAAUCGAUCGAGGGCAUUAGCUCGGAAAUGGUGCACCCAACCGAGAUGUGCAUCGAUUUGCUGAGCAAAUUUAAGAGCGUACAGUGCCCGCCCACACGUCUGCUGGCCAUCUGCCUGAACGUUUGCACGGCGCUGCUGCCGCUGGUGGAUGAGGAGAUCUUCAGCCGUGUCAGCCAUCUAGAUAUACUGCCCACCAUCAGCAAUCAGUCGGCGCACGAUUACAAGCUUUGCGCCAGCGCUGUUUACUUCGAGUCGCGCUUCCUCGGCUCUGUCAUAGACAACGUGGAGAAGAAGCACGAACGCUACGACUUCCUGCUGGCCUAUCUAAGCUUCCUGCGCACCUAUACGAAGCUGAAGCGCCAGCGCUAUCUGCAGGUUGAGAUACCUGGUCUGGUCUUUCUGCUGCGCGACAUCUUUCCGCAUCUGCACACCUGGCACUUCAAGUCGCAGCUGGAGAAGAACAAGAUCUACUUCGAGGUGCUCAGCUUCAUCUGCGAUCUCUUCGAUAUUGUCGGCAGCAGCAGCAGCAGUAGCAGCGAGCCCAAGUGCGAGCAGCGCCAGCUGCUGCUCAAUGUGUGCGUCUACUCGCUCUUGAAUCUGGACAAUGGCCUGAUCUUAUUGAGAUUUGUGGGCGUGGGCAAUGCCUUUGUGCAGUACACAAUGGAGCUGGAGACGAACUGGAUGCAGCAGCAGCCACACGGACUCAUGAUGCUUGUGCGUCUGUCCAUGCGCAUACUCAUGCAGGUGCUGUGCCUGAAGAGCCACGUCUAUGCGCCGGACACGCUCUCGCCGCUGGAGGCGCUCAUCUAUACGCAGCCCAAGCAGCGGGACACAUUGCGCAUUAUACCCACCGUGUGCAGCUAUAUGAGCAACAUAUUCGAUCGCUGGCUGCCGAUUGUGUCGUGCCGGCUGCUGAAGCGUAUUGCGCUGGAGUUUAACAUGUCGUUGCUGGCCUGCCUGGACAUGGAGGCGGAUCAGAUACGGCUGACCUUCAUGCAAAAGCUGCCUGAUGAGCUGGAGAGCGAUUCGAUUAAGAUAGCCAUACUGGAGCUGGUGGAUGCCUGCAUAGCCAAGCAGCCGGGCGUUACGGAGGCCUUCUUCAAGGUCAACUAUGCGCAUGACAAACGCUCCUUCUUUGGUAAGGAGUGCGCGCCCAGCAUUGGCGACAGCAUCGUCACCUACAUGAAGGAGUUUCUCGAUGCGCUCGAGGCCGAGCCUCUGACCAUACAGCAGACGCUGCCCGGCAAGAUCAUGAACAUCUUUCACUCGCUGUGGAAGCACAAUCUCCAGAUGCUGGUCGACGAGCUGCUCAAGCAGCCGAACUUCUGGAAAAAGCUCUGCAGUCCGCUCUUCGCCAAACCAAGCGCCCAGCCCCAGGUGCGCGUCUACACGCAGCUAAUAAAUAUUGUCUCCAUUGAGAUCUACAGCACGGGCAACAGCGAGAAGGCCGAACUGCGCGAAGUCAUGCAGAAGUUCUUUGAGCGCGACUGCUUCCAGCAAUGGCUUGACUAUGUCUUCGAUAUGCCAAAGGUGCCGGCUUUGCCCGGCUCCAGCGAGGAGCUACCCGACUGGAUUUGUUGCCUGCAAUCGUUCAAGGAUCUGAUUGUUAUAUUGCUGAAGAAGCAGCCAAAGUUCUUGAGCAUACCGGAUGCACAGUUCAAGCUGCUGGCCCAGAAGUGUCUGACCGUGCUGGUCGAUCGAGCCAACUACUUGGACGAUAUGCGUCCGUUUAUCAUGCUCGCCGAGCUCUACAUAUUCAUAUUGCUGCAGUUCAAGCAGGCCUACACGAGCAGCGGCGAGGAGGAGCAGCAGCUGAUGGAACAGCUGCAGCAGCUCAUGAGCCGCAUUUGCUCCUGCUACGAGGAUCUGCAUGUGCGUGCCAAGGAAGCCUGCCUGGCCAUCAUAACCAAGUGCGCGCAUCUCUACACGAAUCUCUUGGUAAAGGAUUCGGCCAUAUCGUUGCGCUUUCUCAACUCUGUGGUCAGCAUCAUCUGCUCGGAGCUGCAGAAUAUGGAGAAAUCGGUGAAUGUGAAUCAGCUGGCGCCAGUGCAGCCAAUUUCCGAGGAUUCCAAUGGCAUGGUAUCCACGAAUUCGCUGGUCUUGUGCCUCAAUCUGCUGAAGGCGGCAGCCACCAUUUUCAACACCGAUGGACCCGGCAACUGGGAUCUGCCGUUUGUCUCGGUGCGCCUGUUCCAGCGUCUGCUGCACUGCGUCUCCUACACCCUGCCCAUGCACAGCAAACAGCUACUCAGCGUCCAGCUGCUCGACGUACUGAUUGUGUUCGCCAAGAGCAACUGUUCCAGCGAGUUUCUGCACUGCGACGUGGGCGAGCAUCUGUGGCUCAAGCUGCUGCCGCCACGUGAGCUGCUGCAGUCUAAAUACGAGUUUAACAAACCCACCAGCGAUGUCUGGACCAUGGAACAGUGGUGGCCCAUCUAUGCCCGCGGCAUCGAGCUGGUCAACAUUAUCUAUGACAAGCACAAGAAGUGCUUCUUGCAAGAGGCCAUCCAAUUCGUGGGCAUACAUGAGGUUUACCUAGUCGACUCGCUGCUGUUGGGCAAGCAAUCCCUAGAGCCGGCAGCCAUGCAGCUCAUCAAGUCGGCCAUCUCGCUAGUGGCCAGCUUGACCGAGCAUCACAAGGAGUGGGCGCAGGAGCACUGUUCCUCACUGUUCAACAUUAUGAACGCUGUCCAGGGCCUGAUGUGCCAUGCUACGUCCAUGUUCCAUCAGCAGCGCAAUUUGAAGUGUCUGCUCGCCGGACGACGCUCCCAGCUGGAAAUACUGCGCAACAUGGAGUCGAUAGCUAUUGACGAUGACAUAAUCAACGCCUGCAACGACCUGACGGACAUCAUCAUCUACUGUGUCAAGGCCAUGCAAAAGUUCAGUCCCGAUCUAUUGGACAUCUUGUGCUGCAGCUACUACGAGCCACACAAAUGGCAGCCCAUCCUGGAUGUUAAGUUUGGUGCGCCCAAGCUGAAUGAGAGCAGCAUAACUCUGACCUUUGGCAUGGUUCUAAACAUGGUCACCAUCUAUGUCAAGGCGCUUAAUAUGCAAAACCAUGGCUUUCAUGAGGUUCCGCUCAAUGUGCUGCCCACCGUAGAGCUUGGCGAGGUGGCGGACAACGUGGCUUCCGGCGAUACGAGUCGCAGCCAGCGCAGCUUUACACAUUCUGUGUCCACGGCCAGCUGCCCCUCCAGCGAGCUGCUGUCCAAUCUGGACGGCCAGCUGUGCCUGGUCGCGCUGGAGCAUCUGCUAAUGCUGGUAGCCUCGCAAAGCAUUUACGUGAUACGUUCGCCGGACCUGGAGCCGCGCUGGAAACAAAUCGUGCGACGAGACAUCAGCAGCGAGUUGCUCAGCUUCCAUGAGUUUGUGCGGCGCAAGGUUAUUGUGGACUAUCGGGACUCGCGCUGUCAGUGGGUGCGGCGCAAGCACGGAUUGCUAAAGUUCAAGCAUCCGGAUGCGGCGCGCUCAUCGAGUGCCACUACGAGCAGCCAGCGCGGCAACACGGAUCUGGCACGGCGCACAAGCAGCACCACGAACGAGCUACGCGUAAAUGUGGUGCGGCGUCUGCAUUUGCAGCAGCAUCAGCAUCAGGCCAGUAAUUUGGAGAUGACGCGCAUGCUGAGUCCUAUUGGUGCGUCGAAUCCAACUGGUGCCCAUCACAUGGCGGCAUCAACGCCGGCUCAACCAGGCUCAACAGAUCUUACGGAAACACCACGCGCCGCACACACGGACAGCAGAAAGCGUUUGUAUACGGCAGAGCCUUUGGCCAUUGAGGUGCAGUACUUGCCGCCGCCGACGGAGCCGGGAUACUGUGAGCUGUCACAGGUGCAGCUGGUUGAGGAGGAUUAUCUGCAGCUUAUGUCUGCGCUCUUUGGCGUUAUACCUCAGAGCGAGUAGCUUAUUUUAGCCAUAACAUUUGAAUUUAUGUAACAAAGUUGUAUUUUAAUCUAAGCACUAUGUAUAUCACUCCGAAAUCGGACUGUAUUUAGCUGAGAUAUUUUAAAUAAAAAUUG